AUGCCCACCAGCGGCGAUGAGAGAAUUAAAGGCAGCGCGUUUAUUCCAGUGUCCACUGCUGCCGUACUCCUCGUUGGGUCCACCACUUUAUUCUUCGUAUUUACGUGCCCGUGGCUGGCAGUGACUGUGUCAAUCUACGUACCACCAUGCAGUGCCAUACUGUUCUUCCUUGUCUUGGCCAACUUCACCAUGGCAACCUUUAUGGAUGCAGGCGUUCUCCCCAUGGCUAAUGAGGACGAGGACAAGGACGAUGACCUCCGCGCUCCGCUCUACAAGAAUGUGGACGUGAAGGGUGUCCAGGUCAGGCUGAAGUGGUGUGCCUCCUGCCACUUUUACAGACCUCCACGAUGCUCCCACUGCAGUGUCUGUGACCACUGUGUAGAGGACUUUGACCACCACUGUCCCUGGGUGAACAACUGUAUCGGGAGGCGGAACUACCGCUACUUCUUCCUGUUUCUGCUGUCACUCACGAUGCACAUGGUGGGCGUGUUCUCCGGUGGCCUGCUCUACAUUCUACACCAUCAGGAAGACCUGUGGAAGCUGCACUGUACUGUCACAUUGGUGGUGAUGAGUGUAUCAGGUCUGUUCUUCAUUCCUGUCCUUGGCCUCACAGGGUUCCACCUCUAUCUGGUGUCUAGGGGCAGAACCACCAAUGAACAGGUUACUGGGAAGUUUCAAGGAGGGGUCAACCCUUUCACUCUAGGUUGCUGUGGCAACUUGGAGUAUCUCAUAUGUAGUCCCAUCUCUCCAAAGUAUACAGCGAGGCCCAUUAAGAAAUCAACAGUUCGCAUCAUGCCUCCUUUCCUGAGACCAGAGACUGACAGACAGAUCCCAAUUAUUAGGGUCAGGGAUAUCGGCGUCCAGCGUCAUGAUCUCCAAAGUAAACGCCUGUCCGCUGACGGUAUGGACGAGCCAGAUAUUAAACGUCUGAGCACCCCACCCCCGCUGCACCCCAAACCAGACCCCAACCUGCUGAAGAGCCACCUAGCAGCCCUAGAGGUUCCAGAGAGUAGUCUUCAUCCCAAACCAUUGAUCCCUCCCCCUGGGCAGAUCCUGCAGCAGCUCAGGCCAGCACUGCAGUCCCCCACCAAGCCAACACCCCCCUUAUCUGUCCAACAGGUGGCACUAGAUCAACAGGGGGGCAGCAGUAGAGGUCAUUACUUGUCAUCAGAACCCAUCCUGGCCAGAGUGGACCAGCAGCUAGCCUUCCAGUCGGGUCCCAUGUCCGCUCCGCACCAGCUCAACUCUCUCACCCUUAGCACCCGCUUCCUCACCCAUGAACACGCCUAUCGACAUGGAAACAAGCUGCCGGCCUUGCACUCAGAAGGUCUGAUCUCCCACCAGGCGUCUCCGGGCGGGUUCCCCCCUCACAACCCCCUGUCCAGCCGCAGCAGCCUCUCCUACAGCAACCUGGUGAACCCAGGUGACCCUAACUACCUGCCCCAGCGAGGGGGACCGCCACUUCACUACCACCCCCACUUCUUGACCCUGGGCCCUGAUGGCAGUGUGCUGCAGGGGUCCCCUUCACAUGCCUACAGCCCCGUGUUCAUGGGGGUCAGCAGACAAUCUCCCCAGACAAGGGACACUUUACCCAGGGAUCCCUCUCUACGGGACCUCACCCCUCAGGCCCUCACCCCUCAGGCCCUGAUGCACAGGGACCUCUCCCCACAGACCUUGAUCCAUCGGGAGGCCUCUCCGGUCCGCUACGAUAACCUCUCCAAGUCCAUCAUGGCCUCCAUCAAGGAGCGACGGGAGAUGGAGGCGAAGGACAGGAUGCUGCGGAUGCAGGCCAGGUCCCAGGCCCUGUAUGGCUGCCCAGACAUGGGGGUCUACGACAUGCCCAGCAGACGCAGCCUCCCUGCAGACAGCAUGCGCCCCCCAGGUUCCCGCGCCCCCACCCCGCCCUCAUACGGCUCCAGGGAGUUCAUGAUGAGCACUGGUAUUUUGGGGUACGGAGGUACGAGGUCGCCCCUCUCCAGUGCCUCAUCAUCCACUCUGACCCGAGCCCCCAGGACUUCCAGCUCCCCCCUGCAGAGCAGCAGUAGCCUACAGAGUAAGGGUCGUUUCCCCUCCCCAUCUUACCUCCCCCCAGACAGGCAGGCCAAGCCCUCACCCUCCUCCUGCACCCUGCCCCACACCCCCUCCUCUUCCUCUGCCCCAUACGUCCCCCCAAAACGCCCCUCACUCAUAUGCGCCAUGGAGGGCAAGGACUCAGCACCCUUGGCUUUCUCCAAAUAG